AUGCACAUACCACCUGGCUUUCCCCACCAACCACCCCAGCCUGCGCCUACACCUGAGCAUGAGCUCAAGGCCAUGUUAAAACAGUUGCUUCAAGGCCAAGCGGAUGUUGUUGUAGAGACAAGCAAGAAGUUGGCUGAAAUUAACUCCAAGAUAGAGAACCUGAACACAAGAGUGUACUCUGGAAAACCAUGCUUCUUCUGCAGCUGCUGCUGCAAAGCAAGGACAACUACCUGUGAGGCAGUAAUUGAUGAGUUCUGUAUGCUGCUAAAUGACGACGACAAUGUUGUUGCUGAGGCUCCUGGAGUCCAGAAUGAUCAACCUGAAGUGCAAGCUACUCAAAUAGUCAUCCACACUUCACCAGUUGAGUCGCACAACAAGCUCGAUCGGCAGCUCGAUCGAGUCGAGUUCUAG